UGUGUCGGACUUGCGCCCUUCUUCAACUGCAGACUCCGUGUACCCACACAGACGACGAGCGAGCUCUUGUCGGAACGUGGGUAACGGAGGAAGUCAAACUGGCGAAAAAGAAAGGCUACCGCAUCACACAUAUUUACGAAGUGUACCAUUUCCAGGCAUCGUCUACUUCUCUGUUUCGUUCCUACAUUGAUCUGUUUCUGAAGAUCAAGCAGGAAAGUAGCGGAUGGCCUUCGGAGUGUGUGACGGAAGAAGCCAGACUGAAGUACAUUCGCCAGUAUGAAGAAAGAGAGGGCGUCAAGUUGGAGGCCGAAAAAAUAUCGAAAAACCCUGGGCGUCGCCAAGUUGGCCCUGAACAGUUUCUGGGGCAGAUGGGGUAUGAACGUGAACAAAGCCCAACUGACCUAUGUCCACACGGUGCCAGACUUCAAUAAGAUGUUGGCGGAUUCUACUAAAAAAAUCAAAGAUGUCUUUCUUCCCACGCCUGAGGUGGCUGCCAUUUCCUGGGAAUCUGCGAAGGAGUUUGUGCCGCAGGAUGCCUCUACCAACAUUUUCCUAGCGACCUUCACAACAGCUUGGGCUCGUCUCAAGCUGUAUAGUGAAAUGGAGAAGUUGGGUAGAGAUGUCCUGUACCACGACACAGACUCCAUCAUCUAUGCCUCGAAUGGCCGCAAUGAUCCCCCCUUGGGCAACUUCCUGGGUGAAUUUACGGAUGAACUGGAGGGUGAUGUCAUCAAAACCUUUGUCUCUGGAGGUCCGAAAAACUAUGCGUACCAGACGGCCACUGGGAAAACCUGCUGCAAAGUCAGAGGAUUUUCGCUGAACUUUCGCAAUUCCCAGUUACUGAACUUUGAAGCCAUCAAAAGUCUGGUAUGUAGUCUGGACCAAAAGGAUGUCAUAGCUCUGCACAACCCCUCCAAAAUCACCCGUGAACCAAAAAGAAGAAAGGUCAUCAAUAAACCAGAAACAAGACUAUACAAAAUUGUGCUCGACAAACGAGUGAUACAGAAAGACUUGAGCACCUUACCAUUUGGAUUUUAAAAGAAAGACUAUUAACUAUAUUAUAAUGGCUUGUACAAAAAAAUGUUUGCAUGUAAAUAUACAUUAUGAUACAUCCAGUAUCUGUAAAUGAACGUAAAAUAAAAUAGAAGUUUGAAUGAUAAAA